AUGCCAGGCACUCAGCCAGUUCUUACUCCUCCCCAACCCAAUAUGGUGGCCAACGCUAUGAUGCGGACGGCUGUCGCUCCUCAUCCAGUUCAGGGAGGAUUUCCACCAGGUGGACCUGUCGCUGCUGCUGCUGCUAUUGCAAGUCAAGCGCCGCAAAUGGGCUCGAUUGCA